ACAGACCCUGAUUUCUUGAUUCUAUGGCCCACCCAUAUGUAUAAUCUGAAAACUUAGUGGUCAAUUUCUAAGUUGUAGAUAGUGUUUGCGUGGCUUAUGUAAAUUGGUUAAAGAUAAGCAGAUGGAUUGCCUUCAAUCUUCUGUUUCUUCUAGUGUACAAACACAAACAUCAGCAAAAAUUGGGGCAAUGAAUCAGAACCCAAACAUAAUAUCAUCACACACUAUUUCCAAAACAAAUUUUUGUUAGGCCCUUCAAUCUAUGGCUGCUCAUAGUGUCCCUUCCAAUUCAUUUCUCCUAAGCACUACACCAAACUCUAGGCUAUUACUGUCUAAAAAGCCAAGACAACUUACCGUCUUUGCUAAGAAUGCAGGGCCUUUUUCGUCUUUUCGUCUCAAGAAAUCGUCCGACGAUGAGCCAUCAUCUGAGAAUGAUGGGCAAGUUCAGAAUAACAAUCCUUUUUCUCAGUUUGAUUGGAGUAAGUUAUCAGAGGUUAAUGUGAAGUCAUUGAUCCCUGUAGUUAGUAACAACCCGUCUUUCAUGACUGCCGGUAGGCAGAAGGAUGCUAGAACGGUUUUUGUUGCUGGGGCUACCGGCCAGGCUGGUGCGCGCAUUACUCAGAAGCUCUUACGUGAAGGGUUUAAGGUCCGAGCUGGUGUGUCUGACCUUGGUGCUGCUCAAGAGUUGGCUCGUCUUGCCUCCGACUAUCAGAUCAUUUCCAAAGAAGAAUUAAAACGGUUGAAUGCAGUUGAAUCUACAUUCGACGAUGCAGAAUCAAUAGCGAAAGCAAUAGGGAAUGCAAGCAAGGUGGUUGUUACCAUUGGUUCAUUUGAGUCCGGCCCAAACAAAGAGGUCACUACAUCAGAUGCUCUACAGGUAGUUGAGGCAGCUCAGCUUGCUGGUGUUGGGCAUUUGGCAAUCAUCUACGACGAUUCACCAAUCGCCUCAACUAAUAAUGUAUUAGAUGGAAUAUCCUUAUUCUUCAACAACCUCUUUUCGCGGUCUCAGCCAUUAACGGUUCCUGAAUUAUUAGAAAGAGUCAUCCAAACUGAUGUCAGAUACACAUUCAUCAAAACUACAUUCACCGAGGAUUUUUCACCUGAGAGUUCGUACAAUGUUGUUGUAGCCGCUGAGGGUAGUACGGCUGGCACAAACGACUACAAAAUAGCAAGGUCACAGAUGGCUACUGUCAUUGCUGGUGUCUUCUCAAAUACUGAAAUAGCUGAAAAUAAGGUAGUAAAUGUGUAUACAAGUCCAUCAGCCCCAUCAAAGGCACUAGAUGAACUUUUCAGUGUAAUCCCUGAGGACAACAGAAGGAAAGAAUAUGCUGAAGCAAUAGUGAAAGCAAAAGCAGAAGAAGAAGCUAUAGAAGCUGCUGAGAAAGCGCGACAAGCAGCUGAGGCUAAGAAAGAGCUUGAACAAGAAAUGCAAAAGUUGGCAGAUCAAGAAGCACGAGCUACUGGUCAAGCUGAGAAGGCUAUGGAGAAGGCAGACAUAGGCGGAGCCUCAUUUGACAGCUUAUUAACCAAAGCAAAAGACAUCGGAACUGGAUUUUCUUGGGAUAAGAUCCAGUCUCAGCUUUCUAAUGCUGCUAAAACUCCCAAUUGGGAGGGCCUUAAAGUUCAGGUUGCUACUGUCAAAGGUCAAGCAAAAGCUCGGAAUUUGACUGCACAGGAAGCUGUAACCAAAAAGACUACUACAAAGCCAAAAAGUCGAGCCUCAAGAGCAAAAUCAGCUCCGGAAGAGGAAAAGCCUAAGCGUAAAGAGGCAAACGUGAAAGUAAGAAACAUUUUGGGUGGUCUUUUCAAGCAAGAAACAAUAUAUGUUGAUGACGCUUGAAGAUUAUUGCAAGAAAUGGUGCAAUGUGGUUAUAAUUAAUUCCAAUUGUGUAAUUUACAGUUUUAGUUUUCAUUGUUGUAUGUAUCAUUUGAAGAGAUGCAUGUCAUCAUGCUGUAUUUCUUUUUCUCCUCUUUCAACCCUCAUGAGGAUACUCCUUGAGACCCUGAUCAACAAAGAGAAGCAUUCUAUUUGUUAUCA